AACAGUGGGGAUGAACGCGUUAAAGAAACGGCCAUCGGUCGUCUUAACAAUUUAGUCUUCAUAGCAUUUAGUACAAGUUCCACUUUUGGUUCGCAUACUACUAUACACAGUUGCGAGGAAUGUCGACCGGCUAGUGUUAAUAUAUAUUUCGCACCCUCGCGCGUGUUACCUUGUAAUAUUUUUUUUUUCUUCACCCCCACACACACGUCGUCGGAAUGUAAAUAUUAUUCGUCUCGUUGGUCUCGUUUUUUUUUUAUUUUACGUUAAUUUUUUUUUCUUCUUUUUCGAGUUAAUAUUUUUAUGAUCGAGUUUCGAUUAAUGUGUUAUCAGACGUUAUCCAUCACUUAUGGGGGAUGAGAUUGAAGUACGUUUUCGUUUAUGAUGUCCCUUCGAUGUCGAUCGUGUAAUACCGCGUUUCAUGACCACUGCUCUUCGGAAGUGCAUUUCCAGUACACGCAUUCGAACAGCGACCGAGUCGCAGAGCCUGCCAGAAACGAGCAGCCACCAGAUGCAGCUGAGGCGACGACCGAAAAUAAUAAUAAUUUCUUUAAAUUCGAAAACGUCGUCGAAAACUCAAACGAUACAGUCAUGACCGCCAUAUCACCGGGCACCGACAACCGCGAAUUCCAACUGCCUCCGGUGCAGCAACGUGACCACCUCAUGUACGAUGUGCACCAGCAGCAUUACCCACCUGAUAACUACACCAUGCUGAAUUCGCAGGAUUACUCUAGAGCAUCGCCCAUCGUGCAGAACUCAUCGCCUUACUCGUUCGUCAAUGAUCAACGUUAUCAUCCUUAUUAUAAACAAAGCUUCAGGGAAUUACCACCGCGUAAUCAAGUCGUCGGGCCACCUGCGGGAGCUAUGUCACCGUUCAGGUGCCAAAAGUGCGAUUAUCAUACCCAUUCGCAGACAGAUCUGCUGCAUCAUUACAAUAUCGGCCAUGGAGGUAUACCGGCCAUCGGCAUGCAUCCGUUCGAUGCCAGAUUCGGCAAUCCUCCGGUUAACGGCGGAGGAGCCGAACCGCAGGCUGAGAUUUUAGACUUGGAUUCGCAUAAAGUGCACGUCUACCAGCCACCGAAUGGCGAAGAUAGCCAGGAUAGCGAUCUACGGAAUUCCUAUUUUCAUACCGGCGCUACCAAUGGCAAAGGAGGUACUCCGUUACCGUCGCCUGAUUUCGGUAGCGUGUCGACGACGACGGAGAACAUAGAAAAUUUACAAUCGACUCGGUCGCCGUAUUACGAUCAGAAUCCGAAUGUGAAUUCGACACCGACACAGAUCUCGUCCUCAGACAAUCCAACGGGUAGAAGUUCCUCGAAAAGCAGUAAGAAUACGAACGGUACGUGGAAGUCGAACGAGGCCCGAAGGCCCAAAACGUACAACUGUUCGGCCUGCAACAAAUGGUUCACGUCUUCGGGCCAUUUGAAGCGUCACUACAACACGACGCUGCACAAGAACGCGGUGAAGCAGAGCGGCGCUCCGGAUCCGGCCUCGAUGCCGGUCAGCGCCCAUCAUCAUCCGCACAAAGACCCCACGUUCCCGUCUAGUCGCCAAGCGAAGGCAGAUCCGAGCUCGGUCGUUUCGGAAGCCAGUGAUACGCCGCCGAAUAAACUCGCCGACAAUUUCUCGUCGCCGGCUCGUAACUCGUCGACGGGCCAAAUGCCGCCCAAUGCUUUUUUACACAAUUCCCCAAACUUGAUGGCAGGUCCCUCGGAGAUUCCGGGGGGCCUGCUCCAUCAUCCCUCCUAUUCCCAGCCCACCUCCGACUUAAUAAUCAAGUCCCCGUCGCCGAUUACCUCCCUUCCUCCGCAUUCCAACCAUACGAACUACCUGCCUAUCGGAGUGAUGCAUCCGCAGCCGGGCCACACCAUGCCGCCGUUUUUUCACCAACAUACGCCGACCACCAUUUACCCAAACUUCAAGGCCCCCCACGUUUCUAUCCCCCAUCAGGUUACCACGAGUCGCAUCCACCCUACUACUGAUGGUAACCUGACCGCUACUAACGUGCCGACGACGAUGAUGACCGCCGCAAACGACACGGACGAAGAUUGCAAGCCGGCCCUGCUGCCGAGCUUUUCUUGCAUUCAGAAGACGACUCCGUGGAACGCGCCCAACAACACGUCGCUCGAGCUAUUCUUGAACACGUUAGAUGACGGGGGUAACGUGGGGGGACCGUUUACGUCGAACGACGUCGAAACAGCCACCUCGAUGUUGCUGAAGAACUUGGAGAACGCCGACAACAAACAGCUAUCCGAACCGGUUCUCGUCAAGAUACCCAGACCGGAUACCAUCAGUCCGCACCAGCAACAGCAGGUCAUCCAAAUCAAGCAGGAGCUGACCAGCGCCGGAAAUUCGCCCACUGGCGACACCAACGUCACCAGCAGCACCGUCGAACAGGCUUCGCCUCCUCCGGCCAACGGCAAUUACAACUGCACCGUGUGCAACAAACAUUUCAACAAAGCUUGCUACCUCACACAGCAUAAUAAAAGUUUCCAUUCCGGAUACAAACCGUUCAAAUGCGCCAGAUGCGGCAAAAGAUUCCAAAAAGAUGAACAAUUCCGCGUACAUUCCGAAAAACACGCCGGCGAGAAACCCUACAAGUGCGAAAUUUGCCCCAAACAGUUCAAUCACAAGACCGAUCUACGUAGGCAUGCUUGCCUACAUACAAACGAACGUCCUUUCAACUGCGAUAUCUGCCAAAAAGGAUUUAUACGAAAAGAUCACAUGCUCAAACACAGGGAAACCCAUCAGAAUCGUAAAAAUGUCCAAAGACGAAUUCGUGCUCCUAAAAUUAAGAAAGAGAUCAUCGAUUGCGAUUAUUAAUCAGUCCUAAGAUGUGCAAGGUGUCUGGGUAGGUUCACUCGGAGUUGAUGCCAAUCUGAGGUUUUGAAUGUGGUAAUGAAAAAUCUUCACCUUUGAACUCCUCCAAUCUCGUCAGCGACGGAAUUUGCUAGAACUAGAAGGGUCUCUAAUUUUUUCAUUUUAAUUGAAUCGUGAAUGUUGAAUCUUGUAAAAGGAAGUCAGCCCUACAAAUUACGUUCUCUUCUUAUUUUUCCUACCUGCAAUAUUGAAAAUAUAAAAUCGAAAAUUAAAAAGUACACCUUGAAUUCCUCCCGUGAGAAUUUUCAAUCUUCAACAGGACCUUAAAUUUAGAAAAAAAAUUCCAAAAGCUCAGCUUUUAAUAAAAUCCAUUGAUUAAUUUUGCAAUUUUUCUAAAAAUAAUUUUCCCAAAAUUUUUUUCAGCCUACGAUUUUGAAAAAAUUGAAAAUCCUAUUGAUGAAAAUCUUCAUGGGAGGAAAUAAAGGUGUACUUUUUUAAAUUUCAAUAAUUUUACAACCUCAGUCGUGAAGAUAGGCAAAAAGUGGAUGGAACCAAUUUUUUAGGAUUUUCCCCCUACAAGCACCUUUUUUCUUAUUGGUUUGAAUUUUGAUCAACAUUUUAUCUUCAGGCCUGAGGCCUGAGUUGGUACAUUGAUUUGAAAUUGAAAAAGUAUCACUUUAUGGCAUAAUUUACUCCAAUGAUCAGAUAAGUAUGGUGAAUCAUUCGCAGGAGACAUUUUUCUAUUAACAUUGGUCAUUCAACCUCAUAAGAGUAAAUCUGCCUCGACACUUUUCGGUAGGUUAAUUUUUAAAAAAAUUCAAAACGAUGAAAUUUGAAAUUUAAUUUUCCUCUAUUAUUUCGUUGUGUGUUUUUCGUACUAUUAUAUUAUACAUUUUCAUUACGUAUUUCGCCCUCCUCCCUUUUCCCUUCAUCACCUUUCUUCAAUCAUGAAAAAAAAUGUCGAUUACUUUUUUUUUCUGACUCUUGUAUACUUCUUGACUAUCUGUAUUCUGUUUUUCUGGGACAUUUAAAUCGUUACAAUAUUAUCUCUAACCGGUGUUUUUUUUCCUCUACGAGUUCGAAUUUUCCAAUUCGAUGUUAAUGUUAGAGAUUUUUUCCUGUUUCUAUGAUAUUAUUUAGUUGUUACGUUUUAAGUUUGUAUUCUUUUUUUUCCUCUCUUUUUCUCUCUCCCCUAUGUUAACUCGACCAUUUUACUAUAUAGUUUUGCCGGUAUAAAUCAAUGUUCCAAUACCGAUUGAUUGUAUAAGCUACCCGAAUAGGGUCUAGUUUUUUUUUUUGUUUCUUCGUUAAUUACACUCUUAUUAUUCUUUUCCUUUUAUUAUUUUCUUUUUUGUUCUAGUUGUAAUUUUUUUCAAGUACAAUAUCGUAUUAUCAGUGAUAGACUUUAUACAAUUUAAAUGCAUUUUCGUUUUGUGUAUAAAAAUGUAAUUAUUGUGAUAGAAUAACGUAAUUUUGAACAUUUUUACUAGGAAAUUAUUAUCGUAUGUUUUUUCUCUCUCUAUUUUUUUUUUUUUUUUUGGCCAACGUGCGUAAAUAUUCUCAUUUUUUUUUGCUAAUGAUACAAGAUAUCAUUUAUACAUAUCAAGCUUUAAAGGGAAAAAAAUUUAAUAAAAAAAAAAUACCUACCUACCUAUAUAGAGAAACUGCGUAAAAUUCUUGAUUAUGGAACAUGUCAUUUUUGCCUUUUGUGCUCGUCUGUUGGCGAUAUUUUAUUACUUACUAACUGGAGUGUACCUGUACGGUAUGGAAAGUGCGCGAAUUUGAAAUUUUCAAUUCAUUAGGUAAAAGAUUUAGCGUGUUUUUUUUUUGUACAGAUGUGUAUUUUACAAUUAGCAUAUUUUUUUUUGUACAUUAAUGUGUUUAGCAAUAAUUUAAUAUUAAUGAAGUUCUGAUGUACUCUUAUGUUGUGUUAUGUUGUUUUGAAUAAAGUAUUUUAUAUUGAACAGUU